GGCAGCGGUAUUGAACUGGCGGCCCCCUGUCUAGCGCCCACUUUGGAAAGUGCCGUCGCGGGUCGCUGCUGGCUUCGAGACGGGCCCUGGCCUCCCGUCUCAAGCCUGCCCAGUUCGCUGCCAGCCUCUCCGCACCACCACGCCAACGACCCCGACGCCCUCCACGACCGCAUCCAUCGCCCGCGCGCCGACCAUCGCCGUCGAGCGCGAACUGCCUCCAUUGCCGCCACGAGCCACCGCCGCCGCGACCCACUGGCGGCCUUGUAAGGGGUGACCCAGCCCGUCUGGGCUGCUCAGGAACCGCACGACGCGAUGGAGCGACGCAACAGCAAGGACGACUCUCCGCACCGGACGCCCCCCAAUCCGAAUGUGUUCGACGACGAGUAUGCCCUGGAUCCGGAUGAGGAAGACUUCAUGCCCGCUGUCUCUGACGGCUUUCGCCCCUCGAACGCGAGGGAGCGCCCCGAUGGCGACGGGCAGGAUCACGAUCGGAACCCACCGCAGCGACCGCCCUUCACGACCACAAGGUCAGCAGAGACGGACCUACGAAGGACGGCGACGCGAAACAGCAUAGCGAAGGUGCCAUUUGGGCCGGAAUCGAAUGCUCACAAUGGCAGGAAUCCGGGCACCCACAGUCGAGGGCUCAGUUCGCAGGCGACGCCCCUACAGCAUCGAGAAUCGGUCAGCUCUACGGCAUCCUUUGCUACCAUGACUAGAUCUGAAAGCGUCUUCGAGACGGGGCCGAGCCACCCGUACGGCAUGUACCCGCAAAACACCAUGGCGCGCAGCUCAAGCAUUGCAACCACCUCAACACAGCAACAACCACAGCCACCCUCGUCGUUACAAGGCCCGACACAUCCCUAUGGCAUGUACCCGCAGAACGUCAUCGAUGACGAACCGCCAAUGCCGCCGGUGCAGACCGCAAUCCCCGUGGGAUUCCCAGGGAUCAACACAGGAUACCACAGACAGAUAGGGCCAGACGGCGAAGAGCAAGACAUCAUUGGGCCCGACGGGCAUAUGGAGCAGCUACCUCCGUAUUCAAGGUAUCCAGAAGAAGGACCGACGAAGGCGGCCCUUGCCGCGGAAGCGAGCGCAACGCCAGCGGAGCCAGUGCCAAACCCGAUGGCGAGCUCGAACGACGCCCUGUUAGCGAACGUCGCUCCUCCUUCUCCUAUUUCCCCACCGCUAUCGCCGCUCGCAUCGGUAGCACCCGCUCGCCUCCCGCAGCGACGCCCAGAAACGCAGACCGGCAAUGUGGCUGAUCCCAGACCGGCUACCACCUCAGAGGCUGCCUCGCUGCUCCUGAACGAUCCGGAGUUCUCAGAGAAGGCGGAAUCAGUCCGUAGUGUGAAGCGAAAGGGCUGGCGAACCAAGAGGCUCUGGGGCAAUAGGAUUCCUGUGAUAGUUGUCGUGAUCAUCAUUGUCCUGCUCUUAAUAUUUGGUAUUGUCCUAGGUGCUGCCAUUGGCACUUUCCUUGGGAAGAGCAAGGACAAGGAUAAGGAUAGCAAGGACAAGCCCAAACACGAUGAUCCGGCACCCCAAGUCAGCGGCAAUUCUUUAUUCGAUGCCACGCCCAUAUCAACACCUGCGUCACUACCUCCAUUGCCUACCGGAGCCUUCUCUCUUCCCCUGGGUAUUCCUCAAGAGAGCAGCCCUGGGUGUCUGACCCAAGGCAACCAGUACUCGGCCUGGUCGUGCAAGAUGUCUUUCGCUCCUCUCAUGCUUACCAUCAAUGCCAGCAGCAACAACCAACCACCAAUGGCUACACUGGAGGCGAUAAUCGCACCUGAUGGAACUAUCCAGUAUGGCCUCCAGCCGCCUUCGGUUAUAAUUGAGCCUUUGCAACUCGUCCUCGACUUGGAUCUCAAAGGCUAUGGACCAGCAUACCAUUUCUCUACGAGGUACGACAAGAUGGUGAUCCUGAUGCAGGAGGAAUUUGCUGCUGGCUCUUCUCUGCGCAAACGCCAGGACGAUAAGCCAUUCCGGCAUCGCUUCCAGGUGCAGCCUGGUGAUACUCCGUGGAUCUGCUUCUGGAAUCAGACCUACAUCGAAGGCUAUAUCUAUGUCAAGGACAACUCUACAGCCGCUAGCAUGACAGGCUUCCCGCCGGGACCCACCGAUCCUUUUGCUCCCGUGGCUUCCAGUUCUACCGUCUCCGGAAUAACCGCAGCGCCAACAACUCCCUCUGCUGUCUCGUCACCGACGCCGGCUCCCUCCAACGUCCAACGACGUGUCCAACGGCGCGAUGACGGCUCCUUUCCCCGUGUACCGCCAUAUCCCCGCAUCGUCAAGAUAGAAGAAAGACGCGUUCCUGGAUCGCCCCAACCGUUCUGCCAGAAAAUGCAAUUGCUCGACGACGGACGGCUAUCCCAAGCUUCAAGUGGCAAUGGUGGGCCCAUUCUGGUAUGGCUCCAAGAACAGGACCCUACGUUCGAAGAGUUCUUUGCCGGUGACAACCCGCCGAGCUCUUCGGCAUCCGCUUCGCCUACGAGUGCCUCACAGCGCAAGAGACGGGAACUGGAUAAGCGGACAGAUCCCUCGGACGCUUGCCAUUGCCAAUGGAUGUUCCAGUAAAAGGUUAGUCGGCGUCGCAAUUGCAUUUGACAGCAUUUACACGGUUCGGGAACGUUUCAUCAUCGCAAAUACCACAGGAUUUGGGUCUCUAUGUGCACGGCUAUCUA